UACUACAUGUACAUCGAGUCCCACAUGGUGUAUGGACAAAAAGCACAACUCCUGUCCAGGCCUCUGCGAGGCGUUGCUGGAAGACACUGCUUGACCUUUUUCUACCAUAUGUAUGGAGCAGGGACUGGCCUCCUGAAUGUUUAUUUGAAAAAGGAAGGGGACACUGAAGAGCCCCUCUUGUGGAGGAGAAGAGGUGAACAGAGCAUUUCCUGGCUAAAAGCGCUGAUUGAAUACAGCUGUGAGAGGCAACACCAGAUAAUUUUUGAAGCCAUUCGGGGGGUAUCAAUAAGAAGUGAUAUUGCCAUUGAUGAUAUUAAAUUUCAAGCAGGACCCUGCUCAGAAUUGGAAGAUAUAACUCAGCAAUCAUCAGGAUAUUCUGAAGAUUUAAAUGAAAUUGAGUAUUAAGGAAUGAUCUGCAUUGGAUUAACUAAAUAAAAGCCAUACCUCUCUUCAAUCAAAAUGAAAACAAUACAAAUGAGUACUGGACAGUCUUAACCAUUUCGUAAAUUAUAAAAUGACUUCAGAGCACUCUUUCUCAUUACUUUUGCAAAAAAUACUGACUCAGGGCUUUUUUUUUUUUUUUCUUUUUGCAUAUGACAACUGUUACUAGAAGUACAGGCUGCUGGUUUUGCCUAGACGAUCUUAA